ACUGCAGCGAAUGAUGCAUACAAAGUUGUUUCGAAGGGGUCGUAAGAAUGAACUGCCACGAAACAGUAUGGUUUUCAAUGAUGAUACGAUACAAUGGAUAGUUACUCUAAAUCUCCAACUUUGAAAGUUUAUUUAAAACUGAAGCAGCAGGAAUGUUACAUUGAAAAAUCAAUUGAAACUCUUUUAGCAAAUGCAAAGCUCGAUCUUGAAAUGGUUUGUACCAUUAGGCGCAAUUCUGAAAGUGUUGAGAUCGAAAGAUCCCUGAAAAUCUCAAAAAAAGCAUUUGACUAUUCAUAUUUUUACCUUAAUUUUGCUACCUAUCUCUUUAAAAGCGAGCGAAUCGAUAACACGAGAAAAUUCACUAGGAAACAAUUGACGGGCACGUUGAAUGAAAAUGUGCGAGUAAUUUAUGAAGAGCUGUUAGAUGCCAAAUCAAUGAUAAACGAAGACAACGUUGAGACAAUCGACUUGGAGUCGUUCAAAUCGAAACUUCACUCCUUGUGGAAGCGAAUGCAAGAGAGCAAAGAAUCACUCGUGGCCCUCGACGCUCUGGUGGCCGAGCAAAAGGACCUCGAGAGCGAAUUGGUAGGCUUGCUGCGAGUCGUACGCAAACAGCAGGAGGAAAAAGCUUCGACGAAGGGCAGCAGCAGCGGCGAGACCGGGCCGGCAAAGAGAAGCACCGUCAGCGACAGAGAAGCGUCGUCGAGCGUGCAGGACCUGUGCGGUCUGCUGGCGAGGAGCGGCCACAACGGCAACUGGAGCGAGGAGGACCACCAGCUGUUCUGCAGAUUGCGCCAGCGCCAGCAGCAGCGCUCCAAGUCCGGCAAGCAGAGCCUGGCCCAGCUGGUGCGUCUGGUCCAGGCCAAGUGUCCCGAUCUGAGCCGCGAGGCCAUCGUCGAGCACGAGCUCUGGUACCGUCGCUACCUCGAGCUGCGCGAGCAGCAGCGACAAGCCGUGCAGCAGUGGCGUCAGCGGAGACGAGCCGAUCUCGCGUCCCACUCGUCCGAGCAGCCUACCAGCGUCGCAGCGAUCUCGGCUAAAUCCUGCGAUGAAUCCUGUAGUUCGCAGCCGCGAGACCCGUGCGAGCCAUUACGGUCUCCCGGGCGUCCGGUCAACGACGACUCCACUGCUCGGGAUCGGCUCUUGAGACUGGCCGUGCACAAACGAGCCGAGGCCGAGCGCAAACGUCAGCUGGUGCUCCGUUCCCGAGAGCAGCGCGAAAAGCUGCGCUUGAUCGACGAGCGUCGGCGCGCGCUCAAUUCUAGAGGCCGCCGAGUUGAAGAUAGACGAGUGUACGAUUUUUCGAUCGGUUAUCAGAAUAAAAUGGAGCGGAAACUGCUCGACGCUUUGCAAACAAACUUCUCCAGCAAUGACUCCGGCACUUCUGAUAGGACUGUUGAAAAAAGUCAGGAAGAUGUUCAAACUUCGAUGACUCGUCAAAAUAAAUGACACCGACCUAGUUCUACUUACAUAAGAACUAUGAGAUUAUAUAUAAGCCUGUGUAAAAAAUAGAUGGUACUAAAUUAAAAAACAAUUCUUACCAAUAAAAAUCUUUGCU